AUGCCUAAUCUUUGGCCAAGAAGGAGUGCGGAGGAAGUGCCUGUGGGCGCAAAACUUCUACGAAGGCUUGGAAGAAACGAGGCCUACCAACUAGCGUUGUAUGUGUUAGACCAGUACCGUGGUACCACUGUGUCUUGCCGCUACGCAAUACCUUCAAAUCUCAAAGACGCACAACGAGAAAAAGUCAUAGAUACCGUCAACGCUGCUAUAUCCGAUAACGUGCUCAAACAUCCGGUCUUGCAAGUUGGGAUUGCGAAUGCGGAUACGAAAAAGCCCAUCUUCGUUCAGUUAGAUAGUCUCGAUCUACGCCGACACGUUAACUGGAGGUUCAUUGAGGCCUCGGCUGAUUCCGAGGCUACAUUGCAAGAACUAAUCAUUCUGCACUUAGAUACUCCUUUCCCCAAUCUUGAGGAACAGCCAGGCUGGAGGAUUGUGGUUUUGCAUCAAGAUGGAGCCGACUUCCUCGAAAUACUAUUUGCUUGGAAUCAUCCGAACGCUGAUGGUAUGAGCGGAAAGAUCUUCCACCAAAGUUUGAUUGAGAGUCUUAAUGCCCAAAGAGAUAAUAAUGAGCUCCAAACAUCAGAUUGGUUCGUUCUCAAUCUCCCGAACCCCCAGGCGAGACUCCCGCCGCCUCUCGAACAAAUCAUGGAGCUUCCGCUAGGGGUGGCGUAUCUCUUCAAUGCGGCAGUAGACGAUAACAAACCGCAAGGUUUACUGCGUCUUGAUCCGACGUUAGCUCAUUGGGCCCCAAUAACUACAUCUUCCUACAAAACGCAGUUCCGUUCCUUCACCGUUGAAAAUGGUGUUCUUUCUAAAGUCUUGACUGCUUGUAGGCAGUACCAGACCACACUCACCGGCCUACUUCAUGGUUUAACACUUGCCUCGCUCGCCUCGCAUUUGGGCGGAAAGGCGGCAAGCGGAUUCCAAGCUGGCACGACCAUCAACACUCGUCGAUUCGUGCCUCCUGCGCCGCCGGGAUAUCCUUGGCUGGAACCAGAGAAGACCAUGGGUAACUUUGUGACACAGAUACAUCAUACUUUUCACCCAGAGUUCGUGGCUCGAGUGCGUUCUCUUUUAUCGCCAAUGGCGGGACCCAAUAGGCCAACAUUAUCAAAAGAACUUGCAGAACUGGUCUGGGACGCAGCGGCCAAGGUCCGGCGUGAAGUAGCAGACAAGCUGGAGCUCGGCGUUAAGAACGACGUUGUUGGGGCUAUGAAAUUCGUCAAUGACUGGAUAUCCCAGCAGAAAAAAGUGGCACGCAGACCCCGACAAUCAUCAUGGAUGAUUACGGGUCUGGGCGUUCUGGAUGGUGGGGGUUCACAGUCUGCUCAUGUUGUUGAUGACAUAGGUAGCUUGGAUAACGGCAAACAAGAUCAGGACCAGACAGGUGUCUGGAAGCUUCGCCGCGCUCAGUUCGCUUUAGGUGCUGAGACUCUAGCUGCGGCGUUAAUGGUCUCACCCAUGACAGCGGCAGGCGAACAACUAUGUGUUGGAGGAAGUUGGCAGGAUGGAGUUGUUGAAGAGGCAUUGGGAGAAAGGGUUAUGGCUGACCUGGAGAGGUGGAUGGGUGAGAUUGGAGGAACAGGGACAUAA